UGAAGCAGCGCAACAUUCGGCUUCCUGUCUGCCCACCUUUGUUUUACGAUAUUUAUAAUUUACUUCCAAAGAUGUCAUUUUUAAAAAUAAUUCCGUGAAAAUUCACAGUUGUUAUCGGCUCCGUUUCUUUAUAUAUUUGAGCUGUUUUGUAGAAAGCGCGCCGAGGGCUUGAUGGAAGCGCGCUAACGGCAGCGGGCUUGCUAACUGUGGCUAGCAGCUAGCUUUGUGUUGUUUUGUGAUUCAACGGAAAAGAAGCUUCACAGAAAUGACGUCAGCCUCUGCCAAGGUGGGGGAGAUCUUCUCUGCAGCUGGAGCUGCUUUCACCAAGCUGGGGGAGCUGACCAUGCAGCUGCACCCGGUGUCCGACUCCAGCCCCGCAGGAGCCAAGUGGACGGAGACGGAGAUCGAGAUGCUGCGUUUGGCCGUGCGUCGCUUCGGAGACGACCUGAACAACAUCAGCUCCGUCAUCAAAGAGCGCACCGUAGCUCAGAUAAAGAGCACGGUGAAGAGGAAGCUGUACGAGGACAGCCGGGUCCCCAUUUCCUCUGAGUCUCCCAAGAAGGUGGUGAAGAAAACCGCAGGUUCCAUGACGCCGGCUCCACCUGCUCCCGCCAUGAUCAGCGUGCCGGCCUCACAAGUUGUCGUGGCGACAGGGAUGCAGAACAGCCCGUCGCUGGCUCCGCCCAUCAAGAAGCAGAAGACAGCAGACGUGACGCUCAGCGCUCUGAAUGACUCGGACGUGAACAGCGACCUGGUGGACAUCGAGGGACUCGGAGACGGAUCCUCCAAUAAGAAACUCAACUUUGACCAAGAGAGCCUGAACCUCGACUCCAGCCUCAUCAUGAACUCCAGCGACCUCCCUCUUCUGUCCCGCUGAAGCUCCGCCCCCUCUGCAGACAUAUCCUCUCUUUUAUUUUGAAAGGGACACAGAUCAACGUGUGUUCAUCAGAUGAAACGUCCUGUUUUUGUUUCGGAACAGUUUGAUUUCUUUUAUCUGAAUUAUGUUUUAUUUUUAGGUGUUUGUGUUUAGAAUCUGAUCAUGAAGAGAAUCUGCAGAUAAAAUAACUAAUCAUCAAUCGAACAUCUGUAACCAGAUGAAAUAACUGGAGAAACUAAAAGUUUUCUGAAAAUAAAUCUGAUGCCUCUGUAAA